GAAGCCAUGGAGUAAUAUCCAUAGUGGACUACGAAUUUCUUUAAUGGAGCAUGCCGUCUGCCCCAUGACUUCUGUCCCGCAGACAGAGCGUUCGUGAUACUUGCGAUAUACUCAAGCCUUUUCUGAAAGGCAGUACACCCUCAACAGCAUGGGUAAUCAUGUACAAGUUUUGGACCUUACCAUUGACAGUCCGACAACUGGAAAACUUGAUUGAUCAUCCUCACUCAGUAUAUCUGCGUGGAAUUGCAUUUCUCUAUUUGAGAUUUGUUUGCAAGCCAGAUCAAUUGUGGGAUUGGCUUGGGCCUUACCUGGAAGAUGAUCAAGAGAUUACGCUUCAGGGCGGUGUCAAGCCUAUUCACUCCACGAUCGGCAAGAUGUGUUAUAUGUUACUGCAUGAUCAAAAAUUUUUGGGACAGAUACUGCCGAGAAUCCCAUCCUUGGUGAUGCGUGAGCUGGAAAAGGAGUUGGAGCCCUAUGCUGAUGCUGGACGUGCCAAAACGGGCCAGCGUGACCACUUUAAGAGAGACAAGUCCGAUCGAGAUCGUGGCUCCGGCAGAGGAGGUAGAGAUCGUGAUAGAGAUGACCAUAGCCGUCACUCUUCUAGGUAUGAUCGUGGUCGUUCUCGAUCAAGAGACCGUGGAGGCCGUCGCCGGCAUGAUGAUGAUGAUCACCGGUCUUCGCGUCGCCGUAGCCACAGCAGGAGCCGUAGCCGUGAUCGUUACCGCCGGGACGAUCGUCGGGAUGAUUACCGUCAUCGCAGCCACAGUCGUAGUCCUUCGAGGCGUUAAUCAACAGGACAAGAAAACCUUGGCUUAUUUGUAGUAGAAAUGGUUCUUUUUAAUGAUUUUGUCUUGUUUUUAGACGAGCAGUUUUAUUGGUCGUGUUAGUCCUAAUAAGCGUAUAUAUGUUUUUUAUUUGUGUUUUUGUGACUGCGCGUGGUUCAUUAAACGACGCGUCGAAAGAUUGUUUUUGUUUGAUCUGAGCAAAUAGACCAUA